AUGGGCGCGGGUAUGAAUCUCCAGAGCAUGCAGGGGAAUGUGGCACUGGAUGGUCGCUGGGUGCUUCACUCACUGCUCACACAAGCAUCCUCGCAACCCACCUCCCAUCACCUCCCCUUCCUCACUCACACAUCAUCCAUCUCCUCACCUGCCCUCCUCGCCUGCCCUCCUCACCUGCCCUCCUCACCUGCCCUCCUCACCUGCCCUCCUCACCUGCCCUCCUCACCUGCCCUCCUCACCUGCCUCUGCCCUCCUCACCUGCCUCUGCCCUCCUCACCUGCCCUCCUCACCUGCCUCUGCCCUCCUCACCUGCCCUCCUCACCUGCCUCUGCCCUCCUCACCUGCCCUCCUCACCUGCCUCUGCCCUCCUCACCUGCCCUCCUCACCUGCCUCUGCAUCACCUCCCAUAACCUCCUCUCACACCAUCCCCUCCUAACAUUCCCCUCCUCACACAUCAUCCAUCUCCUCACCUGCCUCUGCCAGCAGCAGUGUCACGCGCAAAUGCGCGGAAGCAGGCGGGGCAAUGGCAGCAGUGUCGCGGGCGAACGCUCGGAAGCAGGUGGGGCCAUGGGCGCGGGUAUGGGUCUCGAGAGCAUGCAGCAAGGCGUGCACUCGAGGCACAUGCAUGCACGCUGGCUUGAAUGCAGCAGUGUCGCGGGCGAACGCGCGGAAGCAGGUGGGGCCAUGGGCGCGGGUAUGGGUCUCCAGAGCAUGCAGUAA